AGUACCGCGGCCGCAGGCCACGCCGACGCCGACGCCGACGCCGACGCCGACGCCGACGCCGCAGCAGCCGCCGCGCCGCGACGCCACGCGUCCCGCCCCUGCCCUGCCGUAACACAGCGCCGCCGCCGCCGCCGUGUCGUCGCUCAGCUGGCGCCAGCCGCGCACCGCAGGCAUGCUGUCGGUGCUGACGCGGAGGCUGCGCUUCCGGCGCUACUGGCGCCUGGGCGCCCCCGCCUCCGCCACCGCCGCCUCCGCCGCCGCCGCCGCCGUCGACUGCACGGGCUUCCGGCUGCGGGUGGAGGAGGCGUCCGAGGACGAGACGACGUGCACCAUACUGGUGCCGACCGAGUGCAGUGACGGCCGGGCGUCGGACACGGAGCAGCUGCUGGCGCGCCCGCUGGAGGCCGGCUGCGACCUGCCCCCGCAGCCGCCGCAGCAGCCGCAGCCGCCCCCGCAGCAGCAGCAGCCGCAGCAGCCGCCCUCGCCGUCGCAUCCGCUCGCCUUCGAGGAGUUCGAGUGUGACGUUUCCGUUGAGGGUGGCGUCGAUGCAGGGGGACAAGAGCGACAAGAAUUUUCCUUCACGCUGUACGACUUUGAUGGUCACGGGAAGAUCACCAAAGAUGACAUAGCGGGUCUCGUGACAACGAUAUACGAGACACUGGGCUCCUCCAUCAAAGUUCCUCACUACGGCAGCAAGACGAUCAAGGUGAAGCUGACGGUGUCCCCGGACCAGCGCAAGAGCGCGGAGCAGCAGCAGCACAGCCAGCCGCAGCCGCAGGCGAGCGGUCGCAAGCUGAAGCGCGACCUCAACGUGACGAUCCGCGAGUCGCGGCGGGCGGGACCCGCGACGCGCCGUAAGCGCGCCGAGACGGCGGCGCCCGCGGCGCCGCCACACAGCUGCAGCAGCGGCUCCGCCACCGCCCCCGGCAGCGAGAACAACGACGACGGCGCCGCCGACAUCUCGGAGGACGAUGACGACGACGAAGGCACUCGCCAGCACCCGUCCCCGCGGGUCGCCGUUGACAGUGCAAGGCUUCGGAACCGCAGGUAUCAGCAGCAUGUAGCUUCCCGAUACCGCCAGCAGCACAGUACAUAUUGUGCAGAUAGCAGCGUUCUGCGGCAGCGAACCAAGAAACGCUCUGGCUCACUGCAGAGAGAGGAGCUCCUGCAAAUCAUCCAGGCCAACAUGGACAAGAACAACCUCGGUUUCCAAACCUCCAGGAAACAGUGUGACCGAGGUGGCCUGGUUGAUAUUAGACAUGCGCAUCACAGGCAUAGGCACAAGACUUCUCAUCGUGAAGAGGUGCAGCUGCACUACCUUGCCCACAGCCCUGCUCCUAACUGCUAUCUAGACUUGGCAGGACUGGAGCACAAGUUGCAGCACUGUCACCACGAAUGCCGUCAUGGUGUGGAGAAAUCAGUUCAGCAGCUGCAGCACAGCAGGCAGGGCUGUCACACACGUGGACACCACCGCUCUCGCUCUCACGACUUGGGUCGGUCAGUUCCAGUUGCACCAGUUGGGACAUCACCAAACCGGUAUCCGACAGCGGCACACUUGCCGUCACCAAGGGUCUGUGCGGCUGCUGAUGAUAUCACAUCGUCGCCGUUCCAUUUCGGGCGGGCACGUUCGAAGUCCCACGAGGACCCGGGGCCAGACCGCAGGAAAUUGCCACCAUUUGUUAUGGGACACACAUCAUCACCUCACCACCUCAAGCAUCGAAACAGGGAACAGGAUCAGGCCCGUGCCAUGGCCCAGGUGGUUCGUUGGCUGGAGCAGGAAUUUUCGUCUGGCCUUGGCACUGCUGAUAGAUUUGCAUCUGGUAACUCUACACAGCCACCUCCUCCUGCAGAUGGUCCACCACCUGGCCAGCCAGAAGCAGGAAGCAAUUCUACAACAGCAGGUGUUUCUUCUGUUGAGAGGCACGAGCACCAUCACGUUCAUGAGCACAUACAUCACCAUUACCACCACUACAGGGAGACACCUGUCCUUGUCUGAUUCUGGCAUACGGCUACUACAGUAUUUGAUCUGGUCUCCUCGUUUCUGUGUCAGUAUUUAUUGUGUUAUCACCCAAAAGCAACAUGUAAAGAAUAUAGUAAUUGUAGUGCAAAAGACAAAGCAGUAAUAAAGUGAACUAAUAUUUUCAGUUUAUUCGUGGAUUUUAUUGCCAGCUUUGACUGUGACAGAAUCAGGUCAACAUUUAUUUAUUUAUUACAAGAAUGAUCUAUCUGUUACCUGCAAAAUAUAGAAUGAUUGUACAGUUCUUAGGCCUACAGCAAAGCAGUGUAAUCAAAAACUGACAUUAUGUUUGUUUAGAGUUACAUUCUUGAUUGUGCAGCAGAUGACAAGAGACUGAAAUUCUGUGGCACUGAACUGGACCUUCAUUCAGUCAUGUCUUUGUAUGUCUUAUGGUUGUAACCAUUUAAUUUAUUUAUUCUAGUAUUCUGCCAGGUGCUAUCUUAUUGAUUGUGGAUAAGGAAAUAGUUUAUUUUUCAAUCAGCGCUGCUGUGUGGCUGUAUCAAUAAGGAGUCUGACCAACAGGCUGUGGCAGUGUUGGGUACACAGUCCUUUUCCAUGUACUGCAGAUAUAAGAAACAUAAUUUUCUAUCCUGUUCUUGAUAGUAUUUUCCUCAACACUGAAUGUGGCAGUAGAAAUAUAAUUUCUUGAUUUAACAUGCUCAGAAAGUCUAUUGUUGUAUCUGUUUUACUAAAAUAAUAAUUACAAUUUCUGAAAUACGUAGUACUUUAGUUUUCAUUAAUGUGAGUUAGAACAAAACAAUUUUUUAAUAUGUGAAGGCAAAAAGAUAACUUAUGAAACAACAAUAAAUUAAAGCAAGUAUUCAUUUAUUGAUGACUGAAAUAUUAGUACAAUUUAAAAGACAGUAAGGCACAAUACCUUCACUCUCAGUAGCAUCUUAGGUUUGUAUAAACUGUCAUGGUCUCCGAUAACAAUUUUCAGACAUAGACUGUAUCAAUAUAUUGAACGAAGGAAGAUUGAAAGCAAUGAAGUUUCCAAGUAGAGCACAAUGACACCAAUUUGUCACAGAUAUUACGUAAAUUCACACAGAUUAUCUUGUCAAAUCCGAACAUGACUGGAUAUUGGUCUACAAUGACAUCUGCUUCUCUAAGAGAGCACUGUGUGCUGUAGUUUAGGAAGCUGCGUAACAUGAUAUUGAUCCAAAUGGUAUUAUACUAGUCUUUAAAUGGGCAAAGUACUUAUAUAAUGAUAUGAUCUACUACACAUAUAUUUAAUGAGCUACCAAAUGAAAUGUUAUAAUUUAUUCUCCUUCUUUAUAGUCAGAAUCUUAUGCAUAUUGUACAUAACUAUAUUCUGUAAAUAGUGAAUGAAUGACUUGUGUAUUAUGUUUCAAAUUCAGUACAUUUUUUUAUGUUUGUAUGACUUAUCUACCUCCACAUACUAAAAUAAUGACCUGUACAAUUGUAUUUGAAUGGAAAAUCUUUCAUAUAUUCAUUCAAACUGUGUGCAGUUUGGACAUUUUAAUGAGCCUCAGAUUCUGUGAAUUUCUGUGGGUAUGUUUGUUUCAAAUCAUACAAUAUGUAAUAUUGUAUUCAAACUAUAAACAUUUUAUUGCUGUUCUUUGCUUUUCUAAUUUUUAUGUCUGUUUUAAUAUAUUGUAUAGUGUAGAUAUGACAACUGAACUCGUGUCAAAAUAUUUAUUUUCUGAGUUGUAUAAUAACUGCCAGUUUUGAGUGUAGAGAGGAGAAAUAUUGAUAUUAUGUGACUAUAUUUUUAUGAUUACUGAAACUGCUCAUUAGCAUUAAUUUUUGUGUUCAUCUUCUGUCAAGUUCUCCUAAACAGUAUUUCUAAGGGUAUCGUCACAACGUUUUUAAUUUCCUCCUCCCAUUUCAGAGCUCUGUAAUAUUCUCUAAUCACACAACUUACAGACAUAACUGUUUCUUGCUCUGUUUGUUUCAACACCACUGUAUUACUGUUGUAAAUCAUACAUAUUGACAUUUAAUUACUGAAGUUACCAAGUGAGAUUUAAUUUCUGGUGUUCCUUAGCAGACAAACAAGGAAACCCAAAUAUCAUAUUUUCUAUUACAAUUACAUGUAUCUGUGUUUGCCUCAUUAAUGUCUUAUUGUUAUGUAUGUGAAAGAAAACACAUGAAGAGAAAGAGUUCACAGGUCUGUGAUGUUAUUUAUUUGAUUUUAAAGUGAGGGACUGUAUUUAUUAAUUUGUGCAUAAAAUAUGCUUUAAAGUCAUUGUGAAGGUCAAAUAAAAAUGUUGCAAAACAGUAGUUUGUUUAAAAUAACACCUUUCUGCUAAUAUCUUCCAUUUGAUACACUCAAAAUGUCCUAAUUUAACAGUGAGAUACACUUAGAAAUAUACUCAUACAUACUGUAAAACACACUUAUGUUUUGAAUGAAUAAUGUGUCAGUACCUACAACAGCAAUGUGUAUGCCUGACAAUAUUUCACUGCAAUAAAUUACUACACUCGCCUAUUG